AUGGAAGGCUUCUGGAAGAUAAUGCCUGAUAACAAAAAAUAUGUCAUCAUAGACGUGCCUAGCAAAAGGCAGCUUGUUAUUGCAGCUGAACACUGGGUUGUUGGCAAAAAACUCUGUCUCUAUCCAACAGACCAAACUGAUAUGCACCUACAAAACAACGACCGACCAAAUGACAAUUGGUCAGUCUUGAAGUGUAAAGUUGUUCACAAAUGCGAUAGUCUCCAAUCUGCCAAUGAUUUGUUGGUAUCGUUCAAAAACUCUGAUGUUUACCAAACAAAUUGUUUGUCGGAUGAAAACAUCUUGCCAUUAAACUUUGAGGAGCAGAAAAAGUCAGUUUAAUAAUCUUAUUAUCAAUUCGGUUGACAGGGAUGUCGCUGAGAUGCAGGCGGGGAAUAUCCACGUACAAUAUCCCAAGUUGCGGAUGUUCGACCCUGUUGUCUCCGAUUGCCAACUCUUUUCAGAUGACACGGGCACCUGACAAUUGAAAUUAAGUUAUAACAAUUGCUGCUCUGGUAUCUGCAAACCAUUUAUAACGUUGUACAACAAUACACUUUUUGUUUUCAAUAAAAUUUUAUGAACAUAUACCAUAUUUUACGUACAUUACACUUUUCGUGUGCUGUGUUGUCGGAAUGAAGACGAACACAGGAGAUGUUUGGUGUAAUGACGAAGGCGUUUUAAGAGUGGGUGCAAAAUUACAUCGGUGUGUAUAGGCGAAAAGUAGACAAUUUAGCGACAUUUGAAGCACAGAGCGACAUAAUGGGGGAGUUCCGCUUCAUUUCCCCCGGACAGGCGAAAAAGCAAACAUUUAGGCGCAUUUCCGCAUUACUUCCUUUUUAAUUACCAAUGCAUUUUCCCCUUUAUUGGAUGUUUGGGUGAAAAUUCUAUAUUGUACCGAAAAUUUAGUAAUGAAUAAAGCUAAUAAUAACAAUAAAUAAAUGUUCAUUUUGUGCAUUUGGUUUUGAAUGUCUUGGAUGUCAAGUUGAUGGUAAUGGUUUUAAAUCAGAUAUGAAAUCAUUAGGUCCAUUGACAAAUGCACCAUUUCCAAAAAAACUUACACGACAACUUUUUUAAUUGUAUUGCUAAUAAACGACCCAGCUACUUAUAUUGCUUAGUAUCCUUAUACGAUGACAUUUGACAAGACCCCAAAUCAGAACACGUUGAACAGGA